AUGGCAAAAGAUACCUUUAGAACACAGGGAUUCGCUAAAGAAGGUAUUGAAACUGUUAAAGCUUCUUUAUUAGUAGCUCACUGGUCAGCUGGCCAGAGAGCCAUGAUAUGCUUGGCUAUAGCAUUCAUUUUGCAUUGCUCACUAUUCUUCUAUAAUAUGUUGUCACGCCAUCGCAGCAAGAUGGAUGGUAAAGCAAAAGCUAAAUUGGACCCAGAUAAAACAGUAGACCUCCAAGCACUAAUAACGAGAUUGGAAAAUAGCCACUUCAAACUGAAUCUACCAGUCCAAGAUCUUGAUAAUGUUU